AUGCCACACGGCCAGGUGUGGUGCCUUUUUAUUGAAGCGAGCAUCUUCAUCACGCCGCUGGUGGCCCCGUCUGUCGCAGUCACACGAACCUCUCCGUUCAAGGGCGGAAACUUUGACACAGUUCGUAUCUGGGGUUCGCUUAUCGUCCUGCUCCGCCAUAUAUCCGCCUCGCCAGGCCUCCGCGUCACCUACCGUCCUUCGCACUCCUCAUCCAUCGCUCCCGGGCCCUGGAUAUCUACUAGAUGUCAGCUAUUGAUCAUGCCCUUGACGACAAGGUCAAGCAGGAUGCAGCCUUCGAUAGCGUGUCCGUGAGCGGCACCCUGGACGAUGACCGACUGCUGCAGGAGAUCGGCUAUGUGCCCUCCUUCAAGCGCGAGUUCUCCAAUUUGGCGACGAUCAGCUUCGCGUUCAGCAUCAUGGGUCUCUGCUCCAGCAUAGCCACGACCUUCAACACACCGUUACUCGUGGGAGGUCCAGCGUCGGUAACAUGGUGCUGGAUUCUAGGCGCUUGCAUGUGCUUCACGCUCGGUGCUAGUAUCGCUGAGAUAGUAAGCGCGUUCCCCACUUGCGGUGGACUCUAUACCGCGUCCGCGCAGCUGUGUCCUCCAAAAUAUAAGCCUAUCGUCGGCUGGACAGUCGGAUGGCUCAAUAUCCUCGGCCAAGUCGCCGGAGUCUCUUCUACCGAAUUCGGACUCGCGAACAUGAUCUGGGCUGCCGUCGUCAUCGCGAAGCCCGGCUACGAGAUCACCUCGGGUAAGGUCGUCGGCGUCUUCGUCGGCCUGCUGGCGUUCCACGGCUUGCUGAAUUGUCUCGCGACUCGGUGGCUUGCACGGCUCACCACGGGCUUCGUGUUCGUUAACCUUGGCACGACCUUCCUCAUCAUCAUCGUGCUUCUCGCGAUGACACCUCGAUCAGAGAUGCAUGCCGCGUCCUAUGUCUUUGGUUCAGCAGGACUCGUGAAUCAGACUGGAGGAUGGAACGACGGCAUCGCAUUCCUCUUUGGUCUGCUGAGUGUCCAAUGGACAAUGACGGACUAUGAUGCCACCGCUCACAUCUCCGAGGAAGUCAAGCGUGCAGCAUAUGCAGCUCCCUCUGCGAUCUUUAUCGCUGUCAUUGGCACAGGUCUUAUUGGCUGGCUACUCAACAUCGUCAUGGUUCUCUGCUCUGGACCCCUGGAGAACCUUCCCGGCCCUUCAGGCGAGGCCUUCCUCGAGAUUAUGGUCAUGCGCAUGGGCAAGCCAGGCGCGCUUUUCCUCUGGGCCUUCGUGUGUCUUACCGCGUUCUUCGUCGUGCAGACCGCGCUGCAGGCGUGCUCGCGCACGGUGUACGCCUUCAGCCGGGACCGCGGGCUGCCCGACGGAGGCUACUUCGGACGGAUGAGCCGGCUCACGACGACGCCGAUCCACGCGAUCUGGUUCGUCACCGGCCUGUCGAUCCUCCCCGGCCUGCUCGACCUCGCGAGCCCGGUCGCGGCGAACGCGAUCUUCGCGCUCACGGCCAUGGCGCUCGACCUGUCGUACAUCAUCCCAAUCUUUCUGCGACGCCUGUUCCGGAACCACCCCGAGGUGCACUUCCGGCCGGGCCCAUUCUACAUGGGUGACGGCCUGCUCGGCUGGGCGGCGAACGUGAACUGCAUCCUCUGGACACUCUUCGUGGUCAUCAUCUUCGCGAUGCCAAACUACCUGCCCGUGACAGCGCAGAACAUGAACUACGCCUCGGCCAUCACCGGCGGCGUCAUCAUCAUCUCGAUGGUGGGCUACCUCGUCAGCGGUCGCAGGCACUACAAGGGCCCCAGGGGGACGGCUCUCAGGAACGAGAACCAGGAAGGCAGCAGCGAGAAGCCCGAGCAGGCUGCGUAGCUCCCUUCCAGACGUCAUGCGACCCCGGGUCUUCUCGUGUUCUCGCAGAGCCGGACGGAAGCCGGGUAGCACCCCACGCUCUUUUGCCUCCCCUUCUGCUUUAUGUGGCGUGCACCUGCCAGGUGCACCCCCGCCUGCAGAAGUCCACUCCGGGCAAGCGCCUACGGGUCGUCGACCAUUGCUUCAUUAUGCCCUUCACGAAAUUCCGGGCUGUAGUGGUCAUUCCAAAGUACAUUAUUUCAUGUAUUAUUUUUCUCUUAUCUGCUCUGUGUCGAAUCCGAUAUUACUGGUUGAGACGC